AAACCGCUGUUCGAGACCUAAUAUUUUUACGAGACCCACCCUGUUGCUGCUGCCUGCGCUUUAUGCUUUCAAGUGAUAUUUGGAAAUACAAAACAACAGCUGCGCUUCAGUAAUCUUUCAAGCGACAGGAUUCAACAUAGGCUAUCUUCAAAUGCAUCAUUGUUUUCUGGUCAUCAAAAGAGACAUGUGUCUCUCCGCCUAAUGAAAGAGGAGUCACAAAUGAUCGAGCGUAGUCUAUAAAGGUGAGGGAGUUAGCAGUCAAGGGUUCGACAUUAAGGAGCUACCUACUGGCUAACAGGGCUGCUGGUGUGUUUAUGAACAGGAAGAUUCUGGCAUUUGGAGGCAGAGAGAGCGAGGGGAGAGAGACACACACAUACAGACACACAUUCAGAGAGAUAGAGAAAGAGAGAGAGAGGGAGAGGGAGGGAGGGAGAGAGCCAUUUGACAAUACAGGAAGGUGACUUGGUUUGAUUAUGGCUCUUCGGGGAGCUGGCGCUGUCCGUUCAGCACCAGUACAGUCACCUUGCGCUAAAUGACACCUCGCCGAGAAUGACUCCCCAGAAAACGACACGGGGUGUCACAAGCGUGGAUUAAUUUCACUGGGAGGACGCAUGUGUUUUUCAUCAUCGGGAUUAUUUGGCGUUUUCUGAGGUGUUCGUUCAUGAAAACGGUCGGCUCCGUUUUCGAGUCUUUGUUUCUGGGCUUCUGUCUGUCUUGGACUGCUGGGGAGAUAAACAAGUCUUGCAGCUUACAAAGAUAGACAUUUUCAAUCAAAAGGAACAGCUUUUCACAUUGAUAUAUCAAAACAAUAUCUAUUUCCAUAAAACUAUUUUUAUACCAAGGGAUUUUAUAUAUUUUUUCAAUUCAACCGUUUUGAUAACGUAAGGACAUCCAGUUCCAGUGGGAGGCUGGUUACUGUUUUAUCUAUGCACAUGUGUUGCACAGGUUGCCCAGCUGUUAUUGUAGCCUCCUGAUAGUGUUGAGAUGGCCGGAGCGGAGUGGAGACAUGCCUAAGGGACGCGAUGGGCCAUAGUGACGAGAAGGAUCGCAUAGUGAUAAACGUGGGAGGGAUCAAACACCAGACCUACCGCGGGACCCUGCGCACGCUGCCCGGCACGCGCCUCGCCUGGCUAACGGAGCCGGAUGCGCACGACAACUUCGACUAUGACCCCCAGAUUGGAGAGUUCUUCUUCGACCGUCACCCGGGCGUCUUUGCGCACAUCCUCAACUAUUACCGGACUGGGAAACUGCACUGCCCAGCGGAUGUGUGCGGACCGCUUUACGAGGAAGAGUUGGCUUUCUGGGGCAUUGAUGAGACGGACGUAGAGCCAUGCUGCUGGAUGACCUACCGCCAGCACCGGGAGGCUGAGGAGGCUCUGGAAAGCUUCGCCGGAGGCUCCCUCGACCCAAACCACAAAGAGUCUGAGGAUGAUACUGUGCCGCCAGAGGCUGCUGAUGGGGACGAGGGUGUGGAGAUGACCCGGAGGCUAGCUCAGGGGGACUCACCCGAUAACAGAUCCGGGCGCUGGCGCCGCUGGCAGAAGCAUGUCUGGGCGCUCUUUGAGGACCCAUACUCGUCUAAAUAUGCAAGGUGGGUGGCUUUCGCUUCCCUCUUCUUCAUCCUUCUGUCCAUCACGACCUUCUGCCUGGAGACCCACGAGGCGUUCAACCCCAUCCUCAACUUCACCGAGGUGGAGGUGGUGGACAACGACACGGUGGUGCAUGUCUACGAGGAGACGGAGACCAUGGUGGAGCUGACCUACGUGGAGGGCGUCUGCGUCAUUUGGUUCACCUUCGAGUUCCUUGUGCGCAUCAUCUUCUGCCCGGACAAGCUCAAGUUCAUCCGUAACACGCUCAACAUCAUCGACUUCGUGGCCAUCCUGCCCUUCUACCUGGAGGUGGGCCUGUCCGGCGUCUCUACCAAGGCGGCCAAGGACGUGCUGGGCUUCCUGCGCGUGGUCCGGUUCGUGCGUAUCCUGCGUAUCUUCAAGCUGACCCGUCACUUCGUGGGGCUGCGUGUGCUGGGCCACACGCUCCGCGCCAGCACCAACGAGUUCAUCCUGCUCAUCAUCUUCCUCGCCCUGGGCGUGCUCAUCUUCGCCACCAUGAUCUACUACGCCGAACGCAUCGGCGCCAACCCCAACGACCCGCGCGCCUCCGAGCACACGCACUUCAAGAACAUCCCCAUCGGCUUCUGGUGGGCCGUGGUCACCAUGACAACCCUCGGCUACGGCGACAUGUACCCGCAGACGACCACGGGCAUGAUCGUGGGCGCGCUCUGUGCCCUCGCCGGCGUGCUCACCAUUGCUAUGCCCGUGCCCGUCAUCGUUAACAACUUCGGCAUGUACUACUCCCUGGCCAUGGCCAAGCAGAAGCUACCAAAGAAGAAGAACCGGCACAUCCCGCGCGCGCCUGCCAUCGGCUCGCCCAACUACUGUAAGUCCGUCAUCAACUCGCCCCGACACAGCAACCACAGCGAACCCUGCCCGCUGGCCCAGGAAGAGCUCUCGGAGAUCAGAUACCAAGCCAGCCUCUCUGUGGAUCACAAGAGUAAGAGAGAUUUCAAAGUGAAUGGCGAGGCGUCCAAAGCGGCUCUGGCCAACGAAGACUGUCCUCACAUCGACCAAGCGGUUUCCCCAGAGGAGGCGUUCAGCCCAACCGAGAGGGCUGAGCGGCCCUGCUUCCUGCUGACGCCUGGAGAGCGAGCCAAUCACAUGGGAGGAAGAGUCAGGAAAGGUUGUGAAAGGCCCUGGAGCCAUAGCAGCAUGUCCGGCAUGGCCUCCGGCUCGCUGGGAGUGUCCUCAGUCUCCGCCCUCCCCUGCAGCCCCCCCUGUCUCAUGCAGCCCUCCCACUCCCCCAUCCCAUCCAUCCUGUAGUACUGAGGACAGUCUCAAUCCUGUAGCACUAAGGGGAAACUCAGACAAGCAGAAAACCCGAAUGGCCGCCCCACUUCCCAUCCCCCGCCAUUUCCAUCCAUCCUGUAGCACUGAGGACAGUCUCAAUCCUGUAGCAUUGGGGGGGAAACUCAGACAAGCAGGACCCGAACGGCAGCCCUACAACCCAACCCCCCCACCCCCCAUCUCAUCCAUCCUGUAGCACUGGGAAGAGACUCCACUCACAUGCAGGACCAAAAUGGCCGCUCAGGCCUGAAGUCACACUGAGGAUCCUGCUCAUUUCAAGUAUCACAAGUCAACUCAACCCUCCUCUCUCUCUAUCUUAACUCUUUUUCAGCUCUCUACCUCUUGCCAUUGCUUUUCUUCCUCUCCUUCAUCUUCCUCUCUUUCUUUCAGGACCUAUCCUCCUUCAUUCUUUGCUGCUUUUAGUCUAAAAGCAAUCCUGAACUUGCGUUGCCAUUCGUUUUUGAGCCAGUGGUUUUGCGUCUUGUGCAGUUAGUUUCCAUUAGGAAAAGACUAGUGAACGCCCAUGUCAAUGGUCUCACCAAGUUUAGUUCAUAAGCAACUGAGUUAGAAGACUAUCGCUGUUCACAAUACUAGUGUUAUAAGUAUCAUGAACAUUAAAAUGACUAAAAAAAGUCCAUUUGCAUUUGCAUGUCUUGCAUGGGAACUAUCUUGAGAAAAAAAAUGUAAGUCUUUUAGUAAAAAAAGAAAUGUGCGAACAUUCUCCUUCCAUCCAAAGCUUCUUGAUACUUAUCUGAGGCAGAUAAAAAUAUGGCAUCAUCUGUAGCGAUGCAAAUGUUUUAUUUGCUGUCAUUUUAUUUGCCUUUCCCCAAAUGUCUAAUGUACAUGAGUCAUCAUAGGGCCAUCAGUAGUAGCAGUGGUCAAAAUGACCACGUGGCAUUAUUUUGUUUUGAGAGCAUCAUUCAGUAAAGCACUUUACCAUCAGUAUGAAACUCUACCUGAGCAUGUUAUUUUUCAAGCAUAAAGUUAGCUUAACAGCCGAAAAAAUGAAAGCAUUUUCAUUCUGUGUAAAGUUAAACGUUUAUUUUUCUUAACUUCCGUUUCAUACUGUGAAUAUAAUUGAAUUUAGUGUAGAUAUUUGUGGAAUCUUGGAAAUGUAACUCAUUACACAAUAGUGUUCAAAUACUAAAUUGACAAAUAUAACAUAUGCUAAUACAGCAUUAUAUAUAAACAUUUAUAUAUGUAUCUAUAUGCAUAUUUCAUGGAUAAAAACAAACUCUUGAAAAACUAUUAAUACCUUUGGGUACCUUGGGGAAAGGUAAAUGCAUGCACUUGUAUGCGAACAAAAAGUAUGCAAAUAACUAACUAUGUAAAUAAUAUCCUGCAUGAAAUAAAUUUUUGUACUCAA